CUAUGCCCAGCCUCCAACACGCGGCGGUCCACUGGAAUGCACUUCCACUCAUGCACAAAACGUCUCUUGACAACAUACCUGACCUCCUGCGGCAAGGUGGUGCUUUUUCCAAUGCAUCCCUGAGAACUACUACAAGGAGACAACAUGAAGCCUAAAUCUCUUCCAUCGAGGUUGUUUAACAGAAAUUCAGCGGCGGCGCCAGGCCAGACUCUGAACUUAGGGUCGGCGUGCAAGUAUCGGCGACAUAUGGACUUUGUGGAUCCCACGGAGAGUGUGGAGAACUCUGCCUGCGAUGGCAGCCAUGCUGUGGCGGACGACGGCAGACAAAAGGAGAAGUGCCAUCGAGAAGUUCACUUUGCCUUUCUGCCAGAGAGGUAUGAGCCACUGGUGGAUGAUGAGGCCCGAGGAAUAGCAAAGGAGGAAGAGAAGACAAGAAAGAAAGAAAAGUACAAAAAAGUAAAGAAGAAUGUUGGCAAAGCACUGCGCUCCACCUGGAAGUGUCUGAUGCUUGGUCUAUACAAUUUUGCCCUCGGCUACUCUACUCCAAUCACCGUGGCGGCUACUUUUGUCCCUGACUUCCACCGAGGGAGAACUGGCACCUGAGCUGAUGCACCUGAAUCUCCUCCACUUUCUUUACAAACAUUUGUGUAUAUACCACCAGCAGUCCUUUUGAUAUUGAUAUUUGUGUAUUUGAAAUUUCCUAUUUUUCACUCAUAUGUUCAUUUUGAUGUAAGUAUUUAGGAAGUUAUUUCUUGGUAAAACAGACAUUCUUCACAGUUGGAAAAGCACAGGUCUUGUUAAAAUGUCUUCUGUGAAAAAAAGACAUAUUGUUGAUCUUGUUAAUUGUUGACACUGAAAAAACAGAUAAUGAUAAACAAUAUGGCUUACUUUUUUAAUCUGAUUUACAUAAAAUCCACAUUUAAGAUCAUAGAAUAAGAGACAGAGGCUGUAAAAAUGCUUUUUGCAUGGACCUAAUAAACUUUAUACACUCCGUAUCCUUAAAUCACA